CUUCCUUCUGCAUACGAGGGGAGGAUAACUCAUCUGAGUUCAUUACAAAAUGCAGGACUUGCAGACGACAAAUGAGAGAGUGUUCAGGAGAAGCUGAUCACCAUGAAGGCAUGUCGAGUGAUGAUGAGUUGACUCCGACAGAGGCGACCGAGUUCCAGAAGAGCAAAGAUGACAUUUUAGAGGAUAGUAGGAAAGUCUUCGAAGAUGUACAUGCAGAUUUUUGUGACAUCAGAAAAAUCCUGUUGAAAUUCCAGGAAUGGAAAGAGAAGUUUCCUGACUCUUACUGUGAUGCUUAUAUCAGUUUCUGCCUGCCUAAGCUAUUAAAUCCAUUGAUCAGAGUUCAGUUAAUAAAUUGGAAUCCUCUUGAGAAUUUUCCAGAGUUGGAAGAGAUGCCCUGGUUCAGAGGUAUAGAAGAAUUCAGUGGUGCCAAAAAUGCAUCUGAAUCAAAAGGGGAUGGUGAUCCUGAUCAAGAAGUUUUGCCUAGAGUGAUUGAAAAAACUAUUCUUCCAAAAAUUACAGCAUUUGUAAAGAGUGUGUGGGAUCCUUUAUCUACGUCACAGACAAAGAACCUUGUACAGCUUUGCAAUAACAUCUUUGAAAAACAAGUCUUUUCCAAAAAUGAAUGCAGUCGAGCGAAAGAGGAUUUGAUGAACAUGGUUGUCUUAAGAAUGAAGAAAUCUGUAGAGGAAGAUGUCUUUAUUCCUCUGUAUCCUAAAAGCACCAUGGAAGACAAAUCAUCACUAUGUUCAAAAUUUCAAGAAAGACGGUUUUGGUCAGCUGUUAAGCUGCUCUCCAAUAUUCUUCUUUGGGAUGGGAUUGUACAGGAAGAUACGGUCCGUGAUUUGGGACUGGGCAAGCUGCUGAAUCGUUACCUUCUUCUGAACCUCUUAAACACACCACCAGGGCCGGAUAAUAUAGAAAAGUGUAAUAAGGUGGUUGCGUGCCUCCCACAAAGAUGGUUCCAAGAUCUUAAAAGUGGGUCAACUCUCCCUGAGUUACUGAACUUCUGCCAGCACUUGCUGCAGUGUGCCCGUAUGCUACACAAGAAUAACCACAGUGGUGAAACAAAAGAAGUUCUUCUCUUGCUGGUGAAGGUCAAAGCUCUGCAUAUUGUUGAAGACUUCAUUGAAGAGUACAAACUUGAACACCUUAGAUUUGUGAUUGGGAAAUAG